AUGCCCACUGUCGCCACCGCAUCUAUCUUCACCGCCACCCAAGACAGUCGGUCCGCUUCGCCUCUGCCCCCCACCCACUCGCUCCGCAUCCUUAUCGUCGACGACAACCAUGUCAACCUCUCGAUUCUCAACACGCUCCUCAAGCGCCGCUUCGGCCACGUACUAGCGCGUCCCCCCGUCAGCCUCGACAGUGGACUCAAGGCUCUCCAGCUCCUGCGCACCGAGAUCUUCGACCUCAUCUUUAUGGACAUCGAGAUGCCCUACCUCGAUGGCGUCGAAUGCACCCGUCGCAUCCGUGCCGCCGAGGACGGCAUCCUCGCGCCCAACCGCUAUGCCCAUGUUGUCGCCGUCACCACCAACGUCGGUCCCGAACCCGCUGCACUCUACCGCCACGUCGGCAUGGACGGGAUGAUCAGCAAGCCUGUGCGCUUCCAGAACUUCCAGCAGUAUCUCUGCCCACUCUCGAUCGAGGCGCUCGAGGCCAAAGGUUCCGUGACGCCUGUGCUCGUGGGCUCCGAGCAGGUAUUGCCUCCGAUGCCACCCAUUGAUCUCGAUCAGCGACUCUUCUUCGUGCCUACCGCCAACGGCGGAAUGGUGACCACCGCAGCCAAAUCGUUGGAUCGUGAUGGCGGUUCGCCUACGACCGAAUACUCGGAUGCCAAUCAGUUUGCUGCCAUGCUCAAAGCACAGACGUACAAGUCGCUGCGCGAUCGCAAGGCGCUCUCGAUCUCUCGUUCCGCCACGCUCUCUGAACCGCGCAGGUCGUCGUUCAACUCGCCUAGGUCGGAGCAUCUGCCGUCCAUCCGCGUUGCCCAGGCAAAUUGUGCUGUCAGCAAGGACGAACUGUUGGUUGAUGACCACUGCCGAGGCCGUAAGCAAGGCGCGGGCAAGAGAGACGCCGACAACGUGUCCGGGCUUUCAUUCGAAUCGCUCGUGGAACGUGAGACACGCGAGCGCGAGCUGGACUGCAUGAUGCAACGACGUGCGCCCGUUCCCGUUCGACCUGUGCCGAUUCACCGAAUCAGCUCUCCCGCGUACAUGCUCGACGCAUCGCCCAUCUGCCGUGUUCGCGCCGAGCCAGCCAUGCGCUCCGACCCGGACCUGGCAGCCUCUCGCGCCGUACGCCCGGACAUCCAUCCAGUUGCACCCAAGCGGCUGGAGCGACUGGUACGAACUGAUUCGGAGUGGUCCUCCAACAGUGGCGACGGCAGCGCAGGAAACGACAGCACCACUCGGUCGUCUUCGGCUUGGUCCAACACGCCGCUGUCUUCGGAGUGGACAACGACGACGCAGCGCUCCGUUUCGGCUGACCUGCUUGGCAGCUUCAGCAACCAUCGUGCUACGAGUCCCUCGUCUGCGCUCACAACGCCAGUGUCUUCGCCCGUGGACAUGAAGGCGCUCGACGACCGGGCGCGCAACGACGGUGCGGACAACGACGAGGAUGAGGACGACGCCGAUAGCCGAGAGGCGCUAUUCAGCCCGUGCGCCGAUGACCUGCUUGGCUCGCGCGCUCCUGGUUUGGAGUACCUAGACUCGCCCGUACUGCCGUCGUUCCCGCCUCUGUCCAAGUGCGUCUUUCCGCUGCAGAACAGCCCGCGCAUUCGGGUGUGCGAUGCCGAUGAUCAGGACGAGUCUCGCAUGCGCAAUGAUCUGGGUUCGCGCAUGAAUGCGUUGCAGCUGGACUGA